AUGACUUCCCCGUACGCCACCAUCGUUGACGCCAAGGACUUCAACGCUCCGCUCUUCGCCGAGAAGAUCGACCGUGCUCUGCGCGCCGGAGACAAGGACGCCGUCGUGAAGGUGCUCACCUCGAUCUCGAACUCGCAGCGCCAGAAGCUCCGCGAGCCGUACAAGCUCAAGUACGGAAAGGACCUCAUCGAGGCGCUCGACAAGAAGUUCUCCGGAGACCUCGAGAAGACCAUCUUCGCGCUGAUGGACAACCCGCUCGACUACGACGUGAAGCAGCUGAAGGCCGCCAUGAAGGGACUCGGCACCGACGAGGCCGUGCUCAUCGAGAUCCUCUGCUCGCGCACCGUCGACCAGCUCCGUGCGAUCCGCGUCGCCUACGAGAAACAAUACGGAAAGGCGCUCGAGGCCGACGUUGCCGGAGACACCUCCGGAGAGUUCCGCGACUUGCUCGUCAGCCUCGUCACCGGAUCCAAGGACGGAUCCCAUGAUACCAACGACGCUCAGGCCAAGGACGUAAGUUCGCUUCCAAAUUGACAACAACCUUACUUUUCCCUUUCCAGGAUGCCGUUCGCCUCUUUGCCGACGGAAAGGCCAAGCUGUCGAAGAAGGACGGAUCGCACUUCCUCAGCAUUCUGGCCACUCAGAACCAGUACCAGCUGCGCAAGGUGUUCGCCUAUUUCCAGGAGCUCGCCGGUGCUUCGAUCGAGAAGAGCAUCGAGAAGGAGUUCUCCGGGGACGUCCAGAAGUCGUACCUGACCAUCGUCCGCGCCGCUUCCGACAAGCAAAAGUUCUUCGCGCAGCAGCUGUACGGCUCGAUGAAGGGACUCGGAACCCGCGACAACGACCUCAUCCGCGUGCUCGUCACCCGUUCCGAGGUCGACUUGGAGCUCAUCAAGACCGAAUUCGCGGAGCUCUACUCGAAGAGCCUCGUCGACGUCGUCAAGGGAGACACUUCCGGAGCCUACCGCGAUGCGCUCCUCUCCAUCAUCAACGGAAACAUCGCCACCGCUCACUAG